AUGGAGUCAAUAUCAAAACCCUCUCGACGUCUUCAGAAGAAAGCGCCACCACCAUCAGUUGCCCUCGAAUCUCAAGCCCAGUCUAUCAGAAGUCAACGCUCCUCGAGCAGCCUCCAAAGAGCUCCCUCGGCCCCUCACCCCAGAUCGCAACCUGUGUACGGACAUUCACGCAAGACUACAUCCCCAAAUCCGAUUGCCUACACGUCGAACUCCUCGAAUUCCUCACUCGAUCGAAGCGGACCUUCUCCAGUUCUGGCUAGCUCGGAGUUUGGCGCGCCAGGUGGGGGACAAGGGCAUUCGACAGGAACGCGUCCACUGAGUGAGAAGUCAUCGUCUGAACUGAUUGGGGCUCCAUUUGAUGGCUCUGGUAUCCUAAGCCAUAUCGACUCCACGAAAGCGUCGGGCUAUCAGAACUCUCUGCGCCGUCCGCCCCCGCCACCCCUCACUCACACGGUGUCAGAUUCGCGGAUGAUGAACCCGCCUCUACGGCAGUCUGCAAGCUUUUCUGCAGGAGACAGGAUGAACGAGAAGACACCCCCUCGCGUGAGCGAGAAUCAAUUGAUCAGCCCAAAGCGGUAUUCAGACGAGAGCAAGGAGCCCAAGGUUGGUAUGAUUAGGAAGAAAUCUGCAUUUUCAGGAUUCAUGAGCAGCAUUGGAGUUGGAUCUCCUCGAGGGGUCAAGAUAUCGGCACCAGAGAACCCAGUACACGUUACUCACGUUGGGUAUGAUAAUCAAACGGGGCAAUUUACGGGCCUACCCAAAGAAUGGCAACGCAUGAUCAACGAUAGCGGCAUCACGAAGAAAGAACAAGAGCAGAAUCCAGAAGUGGUUAUGGAAAUCGUUGGUUUCUACAAGGAGAAUGCAGAUAAAGGCGGAGAUGAGGUGUGGGACAAAUUCGAAAAUGCCAGAGUGCCAGGAUUACGAGUCGGCACUUCGACGCCAGCGCCACUUUCUCCAGCUUUGCUGAACACUCCUAAUUAUGGAUCAAUGACCAGUCCGCCAGCAAGUCCGCGAUUCCCAUCGAAUCAUGAGACUAGUUUCGAAAACCCGAGAUCUCCCCCUCCAGUACCACGGCCGGGACAAGCCUCCGCCUCUCAGAUGAGGGAUGUCAACGGCAUGGUUCCAACUCGACCAGCUCCAAGGCCGCCCGUCGCAUUCCCAACAAGGGCAGCUCCACCACCUCCAAUGCUCGGAAAAGAUUCAGGCAUUGGGAUGCCUCGACAGAGUGAAGAUUUACCAGCAUUGGCAUAUGUCCCUCCAGAUUCUGCGCCCAUGCUUCCAGAGGAACAUCGUUCCAGAUCCAAUUCACGCGCAAACGGAACCUCUCCUUACGCUACACCACUCCAAGUUACCUCUCCUCAAGAUCUCUACACUCAGCAGUUGGUGCAACAGCAAGAAGCCGCCAUGCACCAAGCCCAACAACAGCAGGGCUCCAUUUCUCGUGCUCCAAGUAAGCGCCAACAACAACCCACUCCUCCGAAUUCCCAGGGCCAAUUCCAGCAAGCACCGAAUCUUAAUGGCGUGCCUCAUCCUAGUCAGCAAGUUAGAGCUGCUCCAGGUCCACGACCCCGACAUCGUGCGCGUCAAAGUACUGGAUUUGAUAUUGUUGCACGCCUGAAGCAGAUUUGUACGGAAGGCGAUCCAAGGGAGAUUUACAAAGAUCUUACAAAAAUCGGGCAAGGAGCUUCAGGCGGAGUGUUCACUGGCUAUGAGAGAGGAACCAAUCGCUUGGUUGCCAUUAAACAAAUGAAUCUGGAACAACAACCAAAGAAAGACUUGAUCAUUAACGAAAUUAUUGUCAUGAAAGAGAGUUCACAUCCGAACAUUGUCAAUUUUAUUGACAGCUAUCUGGUAUCUGGAGAAUUAUGGGUAAUUAUGGAAUUUAUGGAAGGUGGAAGCUUGACAGAUGUUGUUACAUUUAACAUCAUGUCUGAGGGUCAAAUUGCGGCUGUUUGCAGAGAAACACUCAAAGGCCUCCAACACCUCCAUUCCAAGGGCGUCAUCCAUCGAGAUAUCAAGUCUGACAAUAUUCUGCUCUCGAUGGAUGGCAACAUCAAGCUAACCGAUUUUGGUUUCUGUGCUCAGAUCAAUGAAGCUCAUAACAAGCGAACAACUAUGGUCGGAACACCCUAUUGGAUGGCUCCCGAAGUUGUGACGCGAAAAGAAUAUGGUCGCAAAGUCGAUAUAUGGUCUCUUGGUAUCAUGGCUAUUGAAAUGAUCGAGGGCGAGCCCCCAUAUCUGACUGAGUCGCCACUUCGAGCGCUUUACCUAAUUGCCACAAACGGCACGCCUGCCAUCAAGGACGAGCACGCGCUGAGUCCUGUCUUCAAGGAUUUCCUGUACUUUGCAUUGAAGGUAGACCCAGAGAAGCGAGCAAGUGCUCACGACCUUUUACGAGCAAGUAGCCCCAUCUCUCCUGGCGACGCCAUUGCUAACAUGCAAAACAGCACGACUUCAUGA